GUGGGCGCGCACGGACCCGGAAGCGCCUCCCCCAGCCGGGUCCGCGGGCGCCGCCAUAUUGGCGGAUCCUGGGCGCCGCCAUAUCGCGCCCGCUGCGCUCGGUCUGCCCGGUGUCGCCGCCCCAGCCCCAGCCAUGUCCGAGAGCUACGAUUUCCUCUUCAAGUUCCUUGUGAUAGGAAGUGCCGGUACUGGGAAGUCCUGUCUCCUGCAUCAGUUUAUAGAGAAUAAAUUCAAGCAGGAUUCCAACCACACGAUCGGAGUGGAGUUUGGGUCAAAGGUGGUUAACGUCGGUGGGAAAACGGUGAAACUGCAGAUCUGGGAUACGGCAGGACAAGAACGGUUUAGGUCGGUGACUCGGAGCUACUAUCGCGGUGCUGCCGGGGCCCUGCUGGUGUACGACAUCACCAGCCGGGAGACCUACAACGCGCUGACCAACUGGCUGACGGACGCCCGGACCCUCGCCAGCCCCAGCAUCGUCAUCAUCCUCUGCGGGAACAAGAAGGACCUGGAUGCGGACCGGGAAGUGACCUUCCUGGAAGCCUCCCGCUUCGCACAAGAGAACGAACUCAUGUUCCUGGAGACCAGCGCGCUGACCGGGGAGAACGUAGAAGAAGCUUUCUUAAAAUGUGCCAGGACCAUACUAAACAAAAUUGAAUCAGCGCUGGACCGUGGCCAGUCGGACCCUCCGGGGCUCAAGCACUUUCUCUUCUCUUCCCAGGACCACGUGCCUCGCUCGCAGAGCCCCCUGCUUCCCGAGCCGCACGCUCCCUCUCCGAGCAGUGCGCUGCCCGCCCCUUCGGCCCACGAGCCCUGGGACUCUGUGGCAAACUGCCCGUUGACUGUAUGCAGCCACAGUGUCUUCUGUCGGACGCUCCCUGCCCGCUGCGCGUCCCCCCCGAACCUGAGGCUGUCACGGGCCCGUCUCAGUAACGACUUUCAAAGGAUGAAGUAACGGGGCCCCGGCCAGCCUCCCGUAGCUAAUUGCUGCUCUGGGUAGGAGAGUCCCUCUGCGUUAACACCAGGACGAGGGGGGAGCGGGUUCUCCUUGUGAAACGGUUCAUUUGGGGUUGUCUCCUGCUACCCCAUUGCUGGGAGCGAGGCUGGGGCUUUGCCCUGGGUAGGUGGGGGGUGUCUCUUAGCCUGGGGGACAGCGUGGAGACGGGGUUUGCCUGUCACAAACCAAAGGGCGCUUGUCACGCAGGGGAGCUCGUGAGCGGUUCCCCCCAGCGAGCGGCUUGCUGGGCGGUCGAGGCUGGGCUUGGAUUUCUGUUACACUGGUUUUGCUUUUGAAGCUGGGGUCUGUCUCCGCCAUAUCCUGGGCUCCACCUUGUCUCGCUGCUUUUCCGCCAGCCGGCUGUUGCGCUCCCGAGCACUGUGCUUGCGAACUCUCCCCUGCCCCGGGCGGCGUGAUGUUCUGGUGUAGCAGACAGUCGGGGCUGGGCAGACAGCGCGUCCCCUUUGAAAUACUGUAAGCUUAAUACUGGACCAUUGAAGUGUCCGUGGCAGGAGCCGGCUCUGCCAUUGGGUUUAGUCCCAGCUCCUGCGGGAGGUUCCCUCGGGCUCCGCGGCUCGUGCGCUGAAUUCCUUGGGUGGGCGUGUACAUCUGGGGUUCAAAACCCCACGGCAGCCGUAAUGGCACAUCUGCAUCUCAAACCAAGCCACAUACCGGGCAGGAAAGUCCAGGCUGGCUGAGCCACAACCAGAGCCGGGAUAACGUGCCAACAGCAGCUUCCCCUCGAGGGGGCCGGUUCGAAUCCGGCCCCGCUGGGUCCAGACCAAGGGUCAAAUUUUCAAGAGUGCCGAAGCAACAAGCUCCAAAGGCCUGUUGAAAGCCAAUAGGAUCUGGGCUCCUAAAUCACCUCGUGCUCUGAAUGUUAACGGCCUCUGGUUCCUGUCUGGCCCCUUUGGGGCUCCUGUCCACCGCUGGCACUAAUGGCCCUCAGCGGGCUGAGAGGGGCUCGCCCUGGACAGAAUCUGUCUAGCUGGAGCAAUUGGCAGCCGUCGCUGACUCCGGCCCACGGCUGCGGGGUUGGAUUUGAAGGUGGUGACAGUGGCACAAAGACUCCUUGAGCAGCCAGAGCCCGCCUGCUUUGCCCUCGUGCCGCCCCCGGCCUGCACCCCUUCCCCAUCCCUCUGGCAGCAGUGACCCCUGGCCCCCGCGUACAGCCGCUGGGCUGCGGCCCCGGUCGCGCUCUCCUAAUCUCGGCCCAAACCAUUGCACGACCCAGACGGCCCUCCUGCUGUAACUGCCAAACCGGUGAUACUCAACAGGCGGCCCCCAGGCCAAAUGUGGCCCCCCAGCUCGCCUUACAAAAAGCGUGUAAUUGAAUUCACAAUCCGUGAUGCUCUGCCUUAGCAAGCGACUUACCGGCCUGACGUUCUGGCGAGAGCAUCCGCUGAACAGCGCAUGGCCGCCGCCCGGUUUCUCGUUAGCGAUGGAAAUGGAGCCGCAAACGAAUGCGGCUGGGUGUAAACGUCACCAAGUUGGCAGGGGAAACCGAGCUUUGAACCCCAACUGAACGGGGGGCUUUUCUCUUUAUUACGCUGGCUCGUCUAAAGCCCCAACCUGUGUGUUUAACAUGCCAAACUGCUGUGUCUGUCCGGAAGGUCGCCACAUUGAAUCAGGGUAAUGUGGACGUGGCCUGUCCUUCCGGCCGUGUUGUAAGACGUGAGAAAAUGGAAAAUCUGCAGGCUUUGGAUUGCACUUCAAACGUCCUUCUCGCCCCAUCAGCAACUGCAGGGAAAAGCAGCAGCUGCUUCUCUUCAGAGAACGUGGGAACUCACAAAAGAAAAGGCCUUUCCUGGCUGCCGAGCUUGGGCAGUGCACGCUGGACAUGCGGGGAGCCUUGUGCUGGAGGUGAAAACACAGGUGACCUUGUGAACCGUAAGAAGCAGGUUCCCCUGUCUGAGGCCACGGCAGUGCGAAGACGGGGUAAUUUGAGGAUGGUUUGUCAGCACUGCUUUCCGAUUUACAAAAUGCCAAACACCCGUCUCUGGCUGUGGACGAACUGAGCGAUUGAAGUGACGCUGCCCGGCUAUCGCUGUUUGCUGGAAUUUGCGAUGGGGAAAUUUUCGAGGAAGAAUUUUUGUGCUGAAACCUACCCCACAGGAGAAAGCCUUUUUUGAAAAGGUAAAAGGCUUUUUUGGGAGGGAAAAAAACCCAACUUUCUGCAGAGCUAAACCAAACUGUCUGUCUUGUACAGACAGAGGGCCCUCCGUGACAGAGAGAGAGACGGGCAUUGCCCCAUGUUUCAGAGCGAUACGCCUUUCUUUAAAUACACUUCACUGCAUCGUUCACCAGACUGUCCUAUGCGGUGAGUUGUGUCAGGACUUGGAAAAACCAAGUUACAGCAGAAGCUCAGAGUUACUAACUGACCAGUCAGCCGCACGCCUCAGGGGAACCAGAACUACCAAUCGGGCAGCGCGCGCCCCCACACCCACCCCCCCACCCCCCAGGCAAAUACGGGACAGUGCUGGGUUAAAAGUCAACCCCUAAAACAAUCCAGGGAAGCAGCGUUUUUCUCCUGCACAGUGACGUUUCAAAGCUCUCUUAAGUUGAUGUCCAGCUGUAAAUUUUUGAAAGAACCGUAACGAUUUGUUCAGCGUCGGGGUUCGUAACGAGAGUCUACUGUACCGUGAUGAGCUCAGCGACCUCCAUACGCUCAGCUUCUAGCUUGCAGCAUUGUCUUUCCCAAGCUGUCUUACCAGUCCUUUCAGCCGAAUAUGGGGACCUCUUGCCGCCCGGCGGCAUUCGCUUGCGAAUAGAAGACGCGUCGGAGAGAGGUUUUGUGCCCUUUAGGAAGAAAUAAUGGACUUUCUUUCCAACCACAAGCCCAAGCUUGUGAGGCCCUGGAAUUUACGAAUGCUGUCCCAGGUAGCGUCUCUGUAUGAUAUGACUGGUCACUUGAAUUCCCUCAGUGGGCUGCGCUGAGGCCGUGCAAGCCAGGCCGGGGAGCUCUUUGAAGAAGCGUGUGCCUUUCCGAGCGACUUAAAAGGAUGUUUCACUUCCCCACAUUGCGCGUUGUUGUGACCGGUGACAGUCAGAUGAAGACGAGGCAAGAAUUCCUACAUCACCUGAGCAAGAAUUAAAAUCCCAGAGCAUUUGCUUUUAUUCACCAUCCGUUUGUCUGUGCCCGAGGGACCUCGCCCUUCUCAAGCAAAGAACAUUCUUGAGUCAGUUGACGAUUGUAAGGCUCCAGCGCUCAGCUGUCUUGGCAAAAUUCAGAGCAGUGGGUCUUUGUGAUAGCAGAAGAACGGCCAGACUGGGUCAGACCAAAGGUUCGUCUAGGCCAGUGUCCUGUCCUCUGGCAGUGGCCAGUGCUGGAGGGUGCCCCAGAGGGAACGAACAGAACAGGGAAUCACCAAGUGAUCCAUUCCCUGUCUUCCAUUCCCAGCUUUCUGAGCUUAAUAUGCUGACCAGGUUCGGGAUGGACGGCUAGAUUCAGGCAGUCUUUUAACUAUGUUCGGACCAACGUCCCUCUGCCAACCUGGGUUUUCCACCAGGAAGAUUGCGAAAAACUCAACAUCCCAAUUGCCUGCCGGAUGAGCAUCUUCACCAGGGCGUCUGCCUUGCCCUGACCGCUCACAAAGCUUGCCCAAGAUCACUGCUGUCCCCUCUCCUGUUCGAGAGUGACACACCUGGGGGCUAAUGUCCAUUUACAAACUUCGUCAGACAAUAGAAAUGCUCCUCCUUCCCUUGUCAACCAAGGCCUGUAUUUACAUUUUUCUUUCAUUUUAUGUGGUCAGCCGUGCGUGCCUACGGCCCGUCUCUGGUCCUGAAAUUCUCAGAUCAGCCCGUGGGUAGAGAGAGUUGGGUAUCACUGGUGAGGCCCCUCCAGUGUCCUGCGUGGGCUGGGGCUAGUGCUGUGCAUGGUGGGGGGACGGGGAGCCCAGCACAUCCAUCUUGAGCCAGUCACCUUCACCCCGCUUCAUGUGGCUCCAGAGAGCCCUGGGCUAUCUCUGUCCCUUUGAAAGGCUCCUGUCUGAGCGGGGAGGGGAGCACAGAUCGGGCCGCUGUUCGGAGGGGUGGGGCGACCCCCGGCUGGGUGGCUGCGUGAGCCCCGGCCCAACCAGGCGAGGGGGCUGGGUGGGUUUGUCCGUUGUGUUCUUACGCUUAAGCUGCUGUUAUUUAUUAGGUGGGGGAGGACAGGAGGCUGCUGCCUUUGUGGCUUGCCUCGCACUCGGCUCUUGCCUGGCCCGUCCCGGGGCACAGGCGGGAGGACGCAAGCGCGGCUCCGUCCGAUUCCUCCUGAAGCUGGGGCAGGGUGGGUAGAAAUGGUUGGAUCCAAACCGGUUUAUAAUUCACACCCUGUGCAAUUUCUUCUCUUUAAAAGAAAAAUCCCUCCGACUUCAGGCUGUGACAAUGUGACUCGUACAUAAAGUAUUAACGUUUUCCA